GACAACUUCCCCCCCAAAGUACCUCUGCAUCCGCGACGCAGACACCCAUCUGCCAACCCAGUCCAUUGCUAGCCACUUCGGCGGCCAGCUCCAUAUAGUCAUAAUGGCCUACCGUCUCAUCACCCAAGUGGUCGUCGUCGGCUCGCGCGUGCUCGGCCGCGCCUUCGCCGAGGCCUACAAGCAAGCGGCCGCCUCCUCGCAGUACCAGCGCGCGCAGCAAAAGAACGGUAACGCUGCUACCGGACGCGCCAGCCUGACCAGCGGCAUGACCCUCGACGAGGCGUGCAAGAUUCUCAAUGUCAACAAGCCUGCGGACGGCACAGCGGCCAACAUGGAGGAGGUGAUGGAGCGGUUCAAGCGCCUGUUUGACGCCAACGACCCGGAGAAGGGCGGCUCCUUCUACCUGCAGAGCAAGGUCGUGCGGGCGCGCGAGCGCCUCGAGGCUGAGAUUAAGCCCAAGAUGGAGGAGAAGCAGGCCGAGGAGGAGGUCAAAGAAGGGUGGAACCCCAAGAUCUACAAGGAUCGGUGA